AUGAAUACUCUCAAAAGCACAGCUACAUUUUUCUUCCUUGUUUUUCUCUCAUGGCUUAGUAUUCUAAACGACAACAACAACGUUGCAACAGCCUCAAGAGUAGUGUAUUUCCCUGCAAUGGAAAAAAACGACAUUAACAGUAUCGAAAGUAUCAGCCUUAGGUCGAGGCUCGAGACGAGCGGAGGGCUGGUGGAGUGCUGGACGGCGCUGCUGGAGCUAAAGUCGUGCUCGAACGAGAUCGUGCUCUUCUUCCUCGAUGGCCAGGCCAGCAUUGGCGGUGAUUGCUGCCGCGCCAUUGUCUUCAUCACUCGUAGCUGCUGGCCCGCCAUGCUCACUUCUCUAGGGUUUACCGUACAGGAAGGCGAUUUUCUCCGCGGCUUCUGUGACGCCCUUGAGACUCACGCGCCGCCACCGCCGCUUGGCCCUUCUCCCGCUCCGCUUGCUGACCCCACGCCUGUGGCCGGUGAUGAUCUAGUCAAACUGCCCACUCUGUUGGAUUAA